UCAACUACUUCUGGGCCAUCAUCAUCUUUGUCUCUCUUUGAUCUUAUCAUUUUCUAGAGUCAAUCACUCAGAGGAAGCUACUAGGUCUCUCCACAUUUGCUUUGCUUCGAUUCGAUCCAGACGCCUGAGAGAGAGAAAAAAAACAUGGAAGACCCUUUGAUUGGUAGAGAUAGUCGUGGUGGUGGUACGGAUCGAGUUCGUCGAUCAGAAGCUAUCGCUCAUGGUACUCCGUUUCAGAAAGCUGCUGCACUCGUUGAUCUGGCUGAAGAUGGUAUUGGUCUUCCUGAGCAAAUACUUGAUCAGUCGAGCUUUGGAGAGUCUGCUAAGUAUUACUUCAUCUUCACACGCUUGGAUCUGAUCUGGUCACUCAACUAUUUCGCUCUGCUUUUCCUCAACUUCUUCGAGCAACCACUGUGGUGUGAAAAUAAGCCUACACCGUCUUGCAAAGACAGAGAGUACUAUUACCUGGGGGAGUUACCAUACUUGACCAAUGCAGAAUCUAUUAUCUAUGAGGUGAUUACCCUCGCUAUACUCCUUGUACAUACUUUCUUCCCGAUAUCCUAUGAAGGUUCCCGAAUCUUUUGGACAAGUCGCCUGAAUCUAGUGAAGGUUGCUUGCGUGGUAGUUUUGUUUGUUGAUGUGCUGGUUGACUUUCUAUAUCUGUCUCCUCUAGCUUUUGAUACUCUUCCUUUUAGAGUCGCCCCAUACGUGAGAGUUAUCAUAUUCAUCCUUAGCAUAAGGGAACUUCGGGACACCCUUAUCCUUCUGUCUGGAAUGCUUGGCACAUACUUGAAUAUUCUGGCUCUAUGGAUGUUGUUCCUUCUAUUUGCCAGUUGGAUUGCUUUCGUUAUGUUUGAGGAUACACAGCAGGGCCUCACGGUCUUCACUUCUUAUGGUGCAACUCUUUAUCAGAUGUUUAUUUUGUUCACAACAUCCAACAAUCCUGAUGUCUGGAUUCCUGCAUAUAAGUCUUCUCGCUGGUCUUCGGUGUUCUUCGUGCUCUACGUGCUAAUUGGUGUCUACUUUGUCACAAACUUGAUUCUUGCCGUUGUUUAUGACAGUUUUAAAGAACAGCUCGCAAAGCAAGUUUCUGGAAUGGAUCAAAUGAAGAGAAGAAUGCUGGAGAAAGCCUUUUGUCUUAUAGACUCAGAUAAAAACGGGGAGAUUGAUAAGGACCAAUGCAUUAAGCUCUUUGAACAGUUGACUAAUUACAGGACUUUGCCGAAGAUAUCAAAAGAAGAAUUUGGAUUGAUAUUUGAUGAGCUUGACGAUACUCGUGACUUUAAGAUAAACAAGGAUGAGUUUGCUGACCUCUGCCAGGCCAUUGCUCUAAGAUUCCAAAAGGAGGAAGUACCAUCUCUCUUUGAAAACCUUCCACAAAUUUACCAUUCGGCCUUAUCACAACAACUGAGAGCCUUUGUUCGAAGCCCCAACUUUGGCUACGCUAUUUCCUUCAUCCUCAUUGUCAAUUUCAUUGCUGUCGUUGUUGAAACAACGCUUGAUAUCGAAGAAAGCUCUGCUCAGAAGCCAUGGCAGGUUGCCGAGUUUGUAUUUGGUUGGAUAUAUGUGUUGGAGAUGGCUCUGAAGAUCUAUUCAUAUGGAUUUGAGAAUUAUUGGAGGGAGGGUGCAAACCGAUUUGAUUUUCUUGUCACAUGGGUCAUAGUUAUUGGGGAAACUGCUACCUUCAUAACUCCAGACGAGAACACUUUCUUCUCAAACGGAGAAUGGAUCCGGUACCUUCUCCUUGCAAGAAUGUUAAGACUGAUAAGGCUUCUUAUGCACGUCCAGCGAUACCGAGCAUUUAUUGCGACGUUCAUAACCCUUAUUCCAAGUUUGAUGCCAUAUCUAGGGACCAUUUUCUGCGUGCUGUGUAUCUACUGCUCUAUUGGCGUACAGGUGUUUGGAGGGCUUGUGAAUGCUGGGAACAAGCAGCUCUUCAAAACCGAAAUGGCUGAGGAUGACUAUCUAUUGUUCAACUUCAACGACUAUCCCAAUGGAAUGGUCACACUCUUCAAUCUGCUAGUUAUGGGUAACUGGCAAGUAUGGAUGGAGAGCUACAAAGAUUUGACGGGGACAUGGUGGAGCAUUACGUAUUUCGUCAGUUUCUACAUCAUCACUAUUUUACUUCUAUUGAAUUUGGUUGUUGCCUUUGUCUUGGAGGCGUUCUUUACUGAGCUGGAUCUUGAGGAAGAAGAAAAAUGUCAAGGACAGGACUCUCAAGAGAGGAGAAACCGGCGUCGAUCUGCAGGGUCGAAGUCUCGGAGUCAGAGAGUUGAUACACUUCUUCAUCAUAUGUUGGGUGAUGAACUCAGCAAACCAGAGUGUUCUACUUCUGACACAUAAUCAUGAUCGUAAAAAGGUUAUUUUCUUUUCUUGUGGAUUCUAUAUGGAGAGAUCAAUAGAAUCUAACACGUGGCUACAUUUUUUCUUCUUUCGGGUGAAGAUUUGAUAUAAAACGAUUGUGUUAUAUGAUCUUUUUUGGCUUUUCGUGUUCUUGGUUAGUAACUUAGUAGUGUUUUGUAAUGAAAACAUAUGACCAUCAAUUUCUUUGACCCUUUUGUAAUGAAUGAUUCUUAUUGUUAUUUUCGCAAAAACAAUCAAAUAAAGGGUUCAUAAAAAAGUUAA